AUGGAGAUGUCUGUAAACAACUCUCCCUACCAUCCCCUGUCCUCUUCCUCAUCCCGGCAGUCCCUGCACAAAGAAACACCCUCUCGGCCCGGCACCGCCUCUUCGCGGCCGAGUGAUCGACACUCAAGAGGGCAACUGCCUGAGGGCCGCAUAUCAACUCAUCAACCCCCAGAAACAAUUGAAUCGUGCCAAGAUGCAGUUCCGGAGGAAAGCGAAGAUCAUCCCGAGGAAGGCCAAGAGCAACCUCCGUCUCACCCCGCAUUCCAACCGUUCUUCACCUUGAUCGAAGACGCCCAUACCUCAGAUUACCACCACCCAACGGUACACUACAUAUUCUCCGACGAUGACACCGACAUCGUGACAGAGGCAGCCCUACGUAGUCUGGCCGCGCAGCAAGAAGCCCUCUCCGAUUCCAAGAAAGAUCAGAUCGCGCAGACCGAAGCAUCCAAUCUCCAGGACGAGAUCAAAGACUCCUCUGAUCCAGAUCCAGCCAAGACCACCCUACUCCCACCACCAGUUCCAGGUGUCCGGGAGAACUAUGUCAUCCUUGACGUAGAGCCCUCACCAUACACACCUGAGACAGCGCAAACCAGUCCGAUGAUCGAACAACUAGCAUCAGGCAAAGGUAGGGGUGGCACGAGGUCCAUAUCAUCGUCACCAGCGAACGUUUCCGCGCUCCCACAGGAUCAGGGACAGCCACACCCGCAGUAUCGCGUUACCGCGGCGCAGAGUUUCUCAUCAACAUGGCAGGUCCUCCACACGGAAGUGAUGCCGGCGCCCACUUUUGAGAAUAGCAAUCCUGGGGAGUCACUAGGACAUGGGUUGAUGCUGAAGAUCCGUGGCACAGGUGGGCUGCCGAUUGAGGUGGGUGGCAAGGAGAAGGGGCGUACACUUGAGGAGAUGAUGGAUCAGUUUGCGAAGCGGAUGAGUGAGUUGCAGGUUGUUAUCGAUGCUGCUGAGGCUGCAGAGUCGAAGGAAGAACAUGACGAGGAAGAACUCGUGCAGCAUCCCUUCUCUACAGAUACAGCUGAAGAUACCAUCCAGGGUGAGGGAUAUAGUGCGGCAUAUGCUGCAGCAGUUGAAGCGGAACACUCUUGA